UUGGUGCAGGCGGUGAACCGUAUAAAACUGGCGUAUAUAUUCGUACAAGUUACGAAGGUGUCUCAACUCUGAACGGUCUCUGCAACUCUGUACACUCUUCGAGGGCGGUUUCGGUUAACCAAAAGCGCGUCUUCUUUUUUCGAAACUCGCUUCUUCCUCCCUCCCAUGGCUGCUGCUGCUGCUGCUACUGCUACUUGUUUCCUCUUCCUUCUCUAGAAUUUCGAAUUCUUUACACAUUCGCCGCUCCUUCUUGUCCAAAUUUCUACUUCUGUUUCUUGAUUCUCCGGUUCCCGAAGCAACAAUUUACGCGGAAUUGCUUUCUUGGAAGUGGUUUUGAAGAUAUAGUAUGUGCUGUGGAUAAUUUUUGUCAGAAUAUCUAGGGUUUUGCACCAAUUCUUUUAGUUUUUUACUGGGACUUUUCGUUUUCUGCUUCUGCUGAGAGAAAUUUUGAAGUUUUUUUAAGAAGCUUUGGAAGCAGGGAAAAAAAAAGAUUAGAAAAGGAAACAAUUUUUCACCGGAAAGUAUUUCGGGAAGCAUUGAAGGUCUAAUGUGCUUCCCUUUGUGGGUUUAAGUAGCACACUCUGUUUUUUGUUGUUGAACUUGCCUUAGGUUUUCUUAAGCGUGGCAUUUCUUUGUUCUUGGCUACUAUAAAAUACUGAGUGUCAAAACUCCCCAUGAGAAAUGAGUGACAGGAAAACUAUGUGUAUUCUGGGGCAAUUCUGAUGUAGCUUUCAAGAGAUGAUUUGAGGAAGUGAAUUGCUAGGGUUUAGGAAGUGGCUGUUGGCUUAUUUUUUAAAAUAGAUAAUAGGGAUAACUGUAUGUCAUGGAUAUUGAUAUGGCGGGUGGUGGUGGGGAUGCUCCUUAUUUGGACCCUGAGUUGUUGCAGCUUCCAGAGGUGUCUCCAUUUGUACUCAAAGCGAGUCCUCAGAUUGCUGAGGAGUUGUUCUCUCAAUGGCUGUCACUUCCAGGAACCAGUCGACUGGUGAAAUCUUUAAUUGAUGAUGCGAAGAUUGGCAAUCCCGUUAACUUCUUUGGGAUCUCUGUUAAUACAAGUGCUGGUGGGGGCAAUUCAUUGCCUUCCAUGUUUCCUGCUGGCAGUGCACCUCCGCUUUCACCAAGAAGUUCAUCUGGGUCUCCACGCAUGUCUAAGCAGAAGACAAGCCCUUCUUCAUUGGGUUCUCCAUUAAAAUUAGUUAGUGAACCAGUACGAGAAGUCAUACCUCAGUUCUAUUUUCGAAAUGGUCGUCCACCGGCAGAUGAACUGAAAGAACAAUGUCUCUCGAGAAUUAAUCAAUUUUUCAGUAAUCAUUUGGAUGGAUUGCGGAUUGAUGAAUUUAAAUCCAUCACCAAGCAAAUUUGCAAGUUACCGUCUUUCUUCUCCACUGCACUUUUUAGAAAGAUAGAUAGUGACUGCAGUGGGAUAGUGACAAGGGAUGCGUUUAUUAAAUACUGGGUGGAUGGCAAUAUGCUGGCAAUGGACAGAACAACUUGCAUAUUCAAUAUUCUAAAGCAGCCAGAAAACAAAUACCUGAUACAGACUGACUUCAAACCUGUUCUUCGAGAACUUUUGGCAAUGCAUCCAGGGUUGGAAUUCUUACAAAGCACACCUGAAUUUCAAGAAAGAUACGCUGAAACGGUCAUAUAUAGAAUAUUCUACUACAUUAAUAGAUCAGGAAAUGGCCGUCUUACCCUUAGGGAGCUGAAACGCGGUAAUCUCGUUGCUGCCAUGCAACAUGCAGAUGAAGAGGAGGACAUUAACAAAGUCCUAAGGUAUUUUUCUUAUGAGCAUUUCUAUGUUAUAUACUGCAAGUUUUGGGAGCUGGAUACAGACCAUGAUUUCUUGAUUGAUAAGGAGAAUCUCAUUCGAUAUGGUAAUCAUGCUCUUACCUACAGGAUUGUUGACAGAAUAUUUUCACAGGUUCCAAGGAAGUUUACUAGCAAUAUUGAAGGGAAGAUGGGCUAUGAAGAUUUUGUUUAUUUUAUGCUCUCAGAAGAGGAUAAAUCAUCUGAGCCUAGUCUUGAAUAUUGGUUCAAGUGCAUAGAUUUGGAUGGAAAUGGUGUGUUGACACCCAAUGAAAUGCAAUUCUUCUAUGAGGAGCAGUUGCACCGUAUGGAGUGCAUGGCCCAGGAGCCUGUGCUAUUUGAGGAUAUCUUGUGUCAAAUAGUUGAUAUGAUUGCACCAGAGGCUGAAGAUUAUAUAACACUGCAUGACUUGAAAACAAGCAAGCUCUCGGGAAAUGUUUUCAAUAUUCUGUUCAAUCUCAAUAAGUUCAUGGCUUUUGAAAGCCGUGAUCCAUUUCUAAUUCGCCAGGAACACGAGGAACCAACUUUGACAGAGUGGGAUCGCUUUGCACAUAGGGAGUACAUCAGGCUUUCAAUGGAAGAAGAUGUAGAGGAUGUCUCAAAUGGAAGUGCAGAUGUUUGGGAUGAAUCACUUGAGGCUCCUUUCUAAGUCAAUGAGCUGCCUAUGUAAAUGUCUCGUUUCGUUUAUGAGUUUUGGCAUAGAAGGGAAAUUACACCAUAAGUGAAGCUCAUCAAUUUAUGCUACUUCAGAGCUCUACAUUCAAGGUUGGGCAUGACUUCGACAUGCAAAUUGCUCCAGUAGGCAACAAGCUUGCCUUUUGCUGGACCCCAGAAUUAUGUGGUGUCAAUUUCAUGAUUUGCCUGGGAGUCAUUUGAAUUGAGAGAUGGCUGCUGUCUAAUUGUUCACCACCCAGGUGACAGAAGUUCAUACGGUUGUUGUUGCAUAGCUAUGUUACUUCCAGAUCAUCAGGUCCAUUUCUGGUUGUUUUUUUUUUUUCUUUUCUUUUUUUUUUUUUUCCUUUUGCUUCUUUGUGGUAAAGGUAGCUGGUAUCGAUGUUCUCUGCCUGUGAGAUUGGUCCUCAGAUGGAGAUUCACUCCAGCUCCAUCCUCAUCCGUGUCUUCUUUUCUGGGAUUUAUGUGCACUGUCAAUGUUUAUAUGUUCUUUUGUGGGAUUCAUGACCAAGAAGACCUUUCUGAUGAAACAUGAUAUGUGGGAAACACACUUUUUGAUAGGAUAGUUGUGUGAAGACUGAUAUAAGUCCUGUUUAGCAUUGAGUUUUAGAAUUUGAAACUGUUUUUUUGAAUAAAAGUAUUAUUUUAGAUGCUGGUGGAAAAAAUAGUUUGGAACAA